AGCAAAGAGGAUUCGACUGAUAAUAAAGAUACAGAAGAAGAAGAGAAACAAGUAGAAGAAGAUACUGUAAGUAAUACGAACCAAGGGGAGACACCAAUUAUUGAAGAGAAAAAAGUAGAACAAGUGAAACGUGAAGUUAUUGCAAGUGAACCAAAAUAUCAGAAGACACCAACUAGUGAAGAACAGGUGAAGCGUGAGGUUGCUGUUGGUGGCGAAGCUUCGAAGACAACACAUAUUAAAGAGACUGUUUCAGAUCCAGAGAGUAAUAUUCUUGCAACAGAUGAAGAGAGGACUGAUGGUAGUACUUCAACAGCUCACAUCGCCAAGCAAGCUUGUAAUUACGCUAAAGGGAAAUGGGUUGUGGACAAUCACCGUCCUUUGUAUUCGGGAUCUCAAUGCAAACAGUGGCUUGCUUCUAUGUGGGCAUGUAGGUUGAUGCAACGUACAGACUUUGCCUUUGAAAGGUUAAGGUGGCAACCUAAAGAUUGCUCUAUGGAAGAAUUUGAGGGUUCCAGAUUCUUGAGAAGGAUGAAGAACAAAACCCUAGCCUUUGUUGGAGACUCAUUGGGAAGACAACAGUUUCAGUCCAUGAUGUGUAUGAUCACGGGAGGCAAAGAGAGGCGCGAUGUCCUUGACGUAGGACCAGAAUUUGGGUUCAUAACUCCCGAAGGUGGAGCUCGUCCUGGUGGCUGGGCUUACAGAUUCCCAGAAACAAACACAACGGUCCUAUACCACUGGUCAUCUACACUCUGCGACAUAGAACCAAUCAAUAUCACUGACCCUGCAACUGAACACGCUAUGCAUCUCGAUCGCCCACCAGCGUUCUUACGCCAGUACCUUCAUAAGAUCGACGUGUUGGUAAUGAACACAGGUCACCAUUGGAACCGAGGGAAGCUCAACGGUAACAGAUGGGUGAUGCAUGUUAAUGGCGUUCCAAACACUAACAAGAAGCUAGCUGCUCUUGGGAAUGCCAAGAACUUCACAAUCCACAGUACUGUUAGCUGGGUUAACUCGCAGCUACCUCUCCAUCCUGGUCUUAAGGCAUUCUACAGAAGCCUUUCGCCCAGACAUUUUGUGGGCGGGGAAUGGAACACCGGAGGAAGUUGCAAUAAUACAACCCCAAUGUCUAUCGGAAAAGAAGUUUUGCAAGAGGAGUCGAGCGAUUACAGCGCGGGUCGUUCAGUUAAAGGUACAGGGGUUAAGCUUUUGGACAUAACAGCCUUAUCUAAUAUUAGAGACGAAGGUCACAUAUCACGGUUCAGUAUCUCGGCUUCACGGGGAGUUCAGGAUUGCCUCCAUUGGUGCUUGCCCGGUGUUCCUGAUACCUGGAAUGAAAUCCUUUUUGCGAUGAUCUAAGUUUUCAAGUUACAGCUGUUGCAUCAAUCAGCAGAAAUGUUCAGAGAAAGGGCUUGAGCCAAACCAAAGCUUAGCCUUUUGAUAGCUUUCUACAACACACAUUGUAGUUUUAGCGGCUUGAGGUGUAAGUUAGUAUAUUUUUUUAUUAUGGUACAAAAGCAAAGCUCUGGCUAUUAUAGACCUUUGUCGUAUGCGUUUGCAAAACGCUAACCAUACCGGGAAUUUUGUUCCGACCAUAUUUGCGGAACAGAUCCUAACUCCUUAACAUUGUCUUGAAGUCAAUUAAAAGAAAUUUUAGAGUUA